AUGGCCCGACCUGAGGGCUUUCAGCGUUAUGCAAUGAAGUACGAAGAUGACCGUUACUCGUACUCAGAGACUGAUUCCGAUAGCAGUUCGGACAAUUCGCCCUCUCUACCACGAUUUCAACUUCCUAAAGCAAGAACGGAUGACAAAUGGCUUAGAGAUAAGAGGCUGCUCCGAAAGUCACAGUACGGUUUGCCGUCACGAGGACAUCUGAAACCAACCGACAGCAGCUCGUUGUCGACGAUUCCAUCCAAUUUUUCCUCGUUACUGGAGUCCACAAACGAAGAGGAUGAUCUGUCUGAUUUGUACACUCCUGUACAAAAAGCCACCAAACACCGUGUGCCACCGGUUUUUGCCAUACCUCAAGAAUUGUCACCAGUCAUGGGCGAUUCGAUCGACGAGCCACCAAAUGUGCCUUCUUUACGGCUACAACGAGACUGGCGACCGCAGCAAACAUCCACUACCACUUCUUUUCAGCCAUUCAUUUCCUCCCUGCCAAAAACGAAUCCACACCAUGUUCCGAAGUUCGUCAGUUCGACUCCGCGCACGUCCGUCGCCGGUCGCAUUCCCAUGUACAGUUAUAAUCAGAUUAUUGAGGGGACGUCACGACCGAGCAGCUAUUAUGGUGAAGAUUCGUGUGAAUUUCCGACGUCAUCGCGCUCUCAGGUCGAGAAUGUGAAGCCGACGUUUUACCGUCCAGAGAACUUUGGAUUACCGACUGGAGUCGCCAAAAAUGUCGGCAGUGAAGGAAUCUUGUUCCUGAGCAUGACGCUGUGUGGCAAUCAGCUGAAUGUGACGAUAAGUGAGGGCGUGUAUUUCCAAGAUCCAUAUCAACCACAGAUAUCUUCGUAUGUUCGGGUUGAGAUGAGGCGACGAUGUGGUAACAGUCGCAAGCGACAUUAUCGUGAGAAAAUCCAAUCCUACAAAACUCGAAAUUGGAUGGCUACGAAUCGACCUGCGUUCAAUGAGAAGUUCACAUUGAAUCUUGUUCCUGAGCAUGACGCUGUGUGGCAAUCAGCUGAAUGUGACGAUAAGUGA